UUUUUCAAUUUCUGACUCUGCACUGCAAGAGGUUAAACAAAACUGAGUUAUAGUGUUGGGCAUAUUUUGGGAGAAAGAAAGCUUGGAGGGAGAGUAGGAGCAUAAGCAUUGGGGAGUGAGGAAGCGGAAGUGAUGCAGCUUCUGAAACUGGAAGCAAUGAUGGUAUCACUUUCGGCCUCGCAUUUGAAGCCCAGAUGCUUCUCUUGUUCGUCUUCUUCUUCUACUUCGUCUUCAUGUGGUGUGAAGGUUUGGCCAUGGCGUGGUCUGGAUGAAUGGAGGGAGAGCCAUCUGAACGAGAAUCGCAGGUGGGGGGAGCAUGGCCCAGAGCCCCAACCCGUGUUCUGUGAUUCCACUCCAUUGGGGAAAGCUUCUUCCUUGGCUGAGCUUGGUUCUAUCGUUCUUUCCACCAGCGACCCUCUUGCCAAGUCCCAGCUUUCUCACAUGGCUUACUCCAUGUGGCGCCGCCACAACCUCCCCCUUGGCAUUUCCCUACCCCCCUCUCGCCCCGCCCGACCACCAAAUCCUCAACUGGUUUCUCCUAAGGAAAUCCCUGCUCCCAAGGACUCGGGUUUGCCCCUGAAUGCAUAUAUGCUUCAUAAUCUGGCACACGUGGAGCUCAAUGCAAUUGAUUUGGCGUGGGAUACAGUUGUCCGGUUUUCUCCCUAUAGUGAAAUUUUAGGGGAGGGUUUCUUUGCUGACUUUGCUCAUGUUGCUGAUGAUGAGAGUCGCCACUUCUCUUGGUGUUCACAGAGGCUUGCUGAGCUGGGUUUUAAAUAUGGUGACAUGCCAGCUCACAAUAUUCUAUGGAGGGAAUGUGAGAAAUCAUCAGACAAUGUUGCUGCACGUUUGGCUGUGAUCCCGCUCGUCCAGGAGGCUAGAGGACUAGAUGCUGGGCCACGCCUGGUGAAAAAAUUAGUUGGGUUUGGAGAUAAUAGGACAUCUAAGAUUGUGGCAAGAAUCGCUGAUGAGGAAAUUGCACAUGUAGCAGUUGGUGUCUACUGGUUUGCUUCUGUCUGUCAAAAAAUGAAUUGUGCUCCAGACUCCACUUUUAAAGAGUUGCUAAAGGAAUACAAUGUGGAACUGAAGGGCCCCUUCAAUUAUUCAGCUCGAGAUGAAGCUGGCAUUCCCCGUGAUUGGUAUGAUGAUGCAUCAUCUAUGAGCAAUCAGGACAAGAAAGACAAAGAUGGCCACAAGAAACAACUAUCUGAGGUUUACGAGAGGCUGGCAUCCAUCAUUGCUAUGGAAAAAGAGAAUUCAAGUUUGACCAAACCGCCUGAAUGAUCUUGGCACCAUAUCAUGAACAAUUGCUAUUUUCAGGAGAGAAAAAUAUAAACUGAUAUUGCAAGGUCGACUACAGUAUUAUUAUCAUAUAUACUUUGAAGAGAUAAAGUUCCAUCGACACGUUUGGUGAUGCAAUUUUUUUCCACUGGCAACGUUGUUUGACUGCAAUACAAAGUAGUAAUGGAAAUUCUGAAGUUCAAUCCUCCACGCGUCCAGUAUUGAUGUGAAGCGUAAGGAAAAUGAAAAGGAAAUAAUGUUGUUUAGUUUGAGUACAUAGACUCUGAUGUAAGUAGCAUCACUUUUUUAAUGUGUAUGAUAUCAAAGAAGUUAGCGUGAUGUAAAAGUUGAAUGAAGUCAAUGGUUAUUCCUUAGCUUCUUGGAUAGUGUGCCGUGUAUGUAUAUGAUAUCUAUCAAGGAGUCAUUACAUUCUUGUAAUAUUUUUAUUUUACAAUUAUAAAGGGAGGAUCACACAACAAAAA